CCUUGUACUACCCCGGAGAGCACUGGCGUAGGCGUAGAUAAAGCAGCGCCAACACGUACUUGCUGGAAGCGGUUAGUCAAAUAACUAGUAAACCAUUUUAGCACAUUCGUUGACAGAAUGUGGACAACAAGAAACAAGACAACAAGAAAGGGAUAUCUAGCAGUUUUCUUUUAUCGAAGACUUGAAAUCCGUCAGAAAUCUGAAUCCACAGGAAUCUUUGCUAGAUCUCAAUACCGCUCUCGGUUUUUCAAACCCUAACUCGUCUCAAAGUCGCUUGAACCUGAAAAUGUUUUCCAAGUGAAGUAGUGCUUUCUUUUAUUUCCACAUUAGUAAAUCUUUACACGUAGGGGUAGAAUAAUAAAAGUCAAUCGGUAAUCGAAACAGCGAAAAUGACGAGCAUGAACAAUUCACAGUCAAAAAGUAGAAUCGAAAUUAAACCUACAGAACUCCAGCUGACAUACGGCAGAAUAAAUAUUUGCAAUUUGAUAGUAUCGUUGUGUAAGAAAACCAUCAAUCGAAAGUGGUCACAUAUGCGGAAGAAUAUUUAUUCGCUGAAAAUAUGCAGAAGAAUGGUGGGAGGGUUUUUUUUCGCCUGCUCACUUUGAUAUCAAAAUACCGUUGAGAUUAUGUUGUAUUUUCAUAUACUUUACUAGAAAAUCAACAUUUCAAGUUGUUCUUAUUUGGUGCAAGUAUCUAAGCACAUGUUGGUAUUCUGACUAGUCUUGGUAUACAUACAUAAUAAAGAUGCAUCCAGACCUAGCAGUCUGAGCGCAUACAACAUGUAGAUGUUAGUGGGGUUGACUCUCAUCUCUGAAAUUCAUUUUUAAUUUGGUAAAUAACCGAGACCAGUUACUUUAUCAGCUGAUUUUUGGGAUUAGUUACUUGUCCGAACUAGUCAUUAUUUCGAGGUGCUCCAAACGAGAAAUAGUUGGCCACCAAAGUCACUUUUCCGCCUUUGGACUAGUUAGAACUUGAGUCGUAAGUCUUUUUAUAACUAGUCCAUUUGUAGCCUGGAUGGGUUAAACUCCAAAACAAUGCAAAUGCACCAUUACACUUUGCAACUGAUUUUUCUCAUGCAUGAAACGAUCAAUCGUAUUGAUUUUCUUUUUCGACUUAUCAUCACAUGUCGGUAUCUUUCUAAAACUUUUGUAGAUUAUUACAGGACAACAGUAUUACGCAUUUCGAGUGCAAAAGUAAACAACUUUUACAUGGAAUCGCCACAAGGAAAAGAUUCUUUAAAACUAUUUGGUAAGAAAAGAAAAGAAGAUCCAAUCUGAGCAUUUCUUUCGCGUGUCGCGCUAUAUAACUCUUUUUGUAAAAGCACCGUAAGGAAACUUCUGGAAAAACCUUUAUUUACACUCUAGAAGAAACUAUGCUAAAAAUUAUUCUUCAUUACUAAUUCAUCAAGCUCUCAGCAACAUAACUAAUUGCUCAUUAUACUAGUGAACCACUUGAACGUUUCUUUAUCUAUAAUCUAAGAAAAGAACUUUGCACUAUUUCUCUGUCUCUUAGGUAACGGUAGCAGAACAAAUACCUGGAGCACAGUUACCAGUAUGUUAUCAGCACACUGCAACAUUGUUACCAUCAGGAAAAGUAUUAGUAACAGGUGGUUAUAGUGACGGGAAAAGCUUGUCCAGCUGCGAACUGUACGAUCCUUCCUCAAAUACGUGGACUCCAGCCGCCAACAUGUCAGCAAAACGCGACUACCACACUGCAACGUUGUUAUCAUCAGGAAAAAUAUUAGUAACAGGUGGUGAUGGUUCGUCGGGCAGCUGUGAACUGUACGAUCCUUCCUCAAAUACGUGGACUGCAGCCGCCACCAUGUCAUCAGCACCUGCUUACCACACUGCAACGUUGUUACCAUCCGGGAAAGUAUUAGUGAUAGGUGGUUUAAGCUACGGGGAAAGCUUAUCCAGCUGCGAACUGUACGAUCCUUCGUCAAAUACGUGGACUCCAGCCGCCAACAUGUCAUCAGGACGUUAUCACCACACUGCAACGUUGUUACCAUCAGGAAAAGUAUUAGUAACAGGUGGUGAUGAUUCCUCGGGCAGCUGCGAACUAUACGAUCCUUCGUCAAAUACGUGGACAACGCUCGCCAGCAUGUCAUCAGGACGUAAAUACCACACUGCAACGUUGUUACCAUCGGGGAAAGUACUAGUAACAAGUGGUGAUGAUUUCUCGGGCAGCUGUGAACUGUACGAUCCUUCCUCAAAUACGUGGACUACAGGUGGCAGCAUGUCAUCAGCACGGUAUCACCACACUGAAACGUUGUUACCAUCGAGGAAAGUAUUAAUAACAGGUGGUGUAGGUUACUCGGGCGGAUACUCCAGCUGCGAACUGUAUGAUCCUUCCUCAAAUACGUGGACUCCAGCCGCCAACAUGUUAGCAAAACGCGAUUACCACACUGCAACGUUGUUACCAUCAGGAAAAAUAUUAGUAACAGGUGGUAAUGAUUCCUCGGGCAGCUGCGAACUGUAUACUGCUUAA